CAUAGACCUGUCAAACAACACAAACCCCAUCUUGACGGCAACCUCAAAAUGGCAGGAAAAUGCCAGGGAGAAAACGAGCCACGGACAAGCUGUCUUUGCGGGUUUUAAAGAGGCAGCUCCUUCCUCGCAGUUCUAAAAACAUAGCUAGGGGGUAGAUGGCAAGCGUCGAAAGACGGUAAAAUGGAUAUAACGACUGCGGUUUUCAACGCGGCCAGAGAUGGUAAGCUGAAACUUAUCCAGAAGUUGCUGAGCAACAAAAGUCCCGAAGAGUUAGAGGCUCUUGCCGAGGAGAAAACACAGGGAGGCACCCCCCUCUUAAUCGCUUCUCGUUAUGGACAUUUAGAGGUAGUUGAUUACCUCCUUGAACAUUGUAAAGCUAAUGUGGAACUCGGAGGUUCGGUCAAUUUUGACGGCGAGACGAUUGAAGGGGCCCCGCCAUUGUGGGCGGCUUCUGCGGCCGGUCACCUCCCUGUGGUCCGGACGCUACUCAAACACGGUGCUUCUGUGAACAACACUACGCUGACCAACUCAACUCCCCUUCGGGCUGCUUGCUUUGACGGCCACCUAGAGAUUGUUCGUUACCUGGUGGAGAAUCGAGCUGACAUGGAGGUAGCUAACCGCCAUGGUCACACCUGCCUAAUGAUCUCCUGCUACAAGGGCCACAAAGAAAUUGCCAAGUUCCUCCUGGAGAGAGGCGCUGACGUUAACCGAAAAAGUGUGAAAGGCAAUACUGCUCUCCACGACUGUGCAGAGUCUGGUAGCCUGGAUAUCAUGAAAAUGUUGCUGAAAUGCAAUGCCCGCAUGGAGAGGGACGGCUAUGGGAUGACCCCCCUCCUGGCCGCCAGCGUGACAGGCCACACCAAUAUAGUGGAGUACCUCGCCCACCAGCCUCGCUCCUCCAGAGAAGAACGCAUCGAUGCACUCGAGCUCCUCGGGGCAACCUUUGUGGAUAAGAAACGUGAUCUCCUGGGGGCCAUGAGAUACUGGAGGAGGGCUAUGGAGUUGCGACAGCCCGGGGACAAGGCUGGACUGCUGGCCAAGCCUCCUCCGGGCCCCCCGGUGCCGGCUUACGACUGUGCGCAGGAGGUGAGCACGGCAGAGGAGCUGGAGGCUCUGAUCACAGACCCAGACGAGAUGCGGAUGCAGGCGCUGCUGGUCCGCGAGCGCAUCCUGGGCCCCUCUCACCCGGACACCUCCUACUACAUACGCUACAGAGGGGCCGUCUACGCCGACUCUGGCAACUUUGAGCGCUGCAUCAGCUUGUGGAAGUACGCCCUGGACAUGCAGCAAAGCAACUUGGACCCCCUCAGCCCCAUGACUGCCUCCAGCUUCCUGUCCUUCGCCGAGCUCUUCUCCUUCGUCCUGCAGGACCGGGCCAAGGGCACCCUGGCCACGCGGGUCACCUUCCACGACCUGAUGGGCGUCCUGGGGAAGAGCGUGAGGGAGGUGGAGCGCGCCGUGGCCCAGAGAGACAACCCCCCCGAGGCCCCCCAGUUCACCAAGGCCCUGUCCAUCAUCCUCCACCUGGUGUUCCUGCUGGAGAAGCUGGAGUGCUCGCCCGAGCAGGAGCACCAGAAGAAGCAGACCGUCUACCGCCUCCUCAAGCUCAACCCCCGCGGCCGCAGCGGCUUCACGCCCCUCCACAUGGCGGUGGACAAGGACACCACGUCCGUGGGCCGCUACCCCGUGGGCCGCUUCCCCUCGCUGGCCGUGGCCUCGCUGCUGCUGGAGUGCGGCGCCGACGUGGACUCGCGCGACUGCGAGAACAACACGCCGCUGCACACGGCCGCCGGCAACGGCUGCCCGGAGAUCAUGGCCCUCCUGGUGCGGGGGGGGGCCCACUUCGACGCCACCAAUGCGCAGCGGAAGACGGCGUACGAGCUGCUGGACGAGCAGAGCAGCGGGCACACGGCCCUCUACCCGCUCAACUACGUCAGCCUGCAGUGCCUGGCGGCGCGGGCCAUCGAGAGGCACAGACUGCCCUACAAGGGCCUCAUCUCGGAGGAGAUGGAAGCGUUCAUCGAGCUUCACUGACCCCCCCACCCCCCUCCCACCCUUCCUUAUGUCCCUUAACCAGACACCCUGGGACUGUCCCCCGGGCCUACCCCACAUCUCUUUAUUUACUCCCCCUGCCCCCCCCCCCCCCCCCGCUCCAUCCUUCCAAAAGCAGACUGUCUUUGACCAAAACACCGUAAUAAACCAGCUGGCGACUGCACACACACUGACACAGGGCUGGGGGGGGCUGUCUGGUGGGGUCUGGAGGCCCAAAUGUGGUCAGGUACCUUGAAACACAUGGACACUAUUGAAGUGCUUGAUUUCUGUUUGCUGUUUUCUGGUGGGUAAAACAUUGGACUUGCUUUGGGUUUUGUGUAUCGUUUCCAUUCUUCCUCUUUUCCCCUGGUAAGAAGAGAGACUGUCAUCAGUGUGGCCGUGUCUGAGUGGUUGGGUGGGGCUAAUUGUUUUUGUGGGAGUGAAAAAAAAGACAUGGUGAUCUGGUCAACUGCAUGAGGGAUGAAGAGUGAGUAGGAUAGCUUGUUAGUUACAAAGUCUUGCGUUGCAGGUUUAUCAGUAAGCCUCCUUUGAACCAAUGAAGCUAUGCUUGGCUGCCUGGUAUUCUGUAGCCUAGAUUUUUUUUUUUACCAUCAACCUUGCAUUAUUUAACCUCCCUCCCCUACCUUACACAUGUAAAGGAGAGGGUUAACACAGUGUGCCAAAUAUCAGCUUUUCCUUUUCUCCUUUUAGAAAGGGAGAAGGUGAAAACCUACUUAACUUGCGCAUGGGACUGACUGUCAUAACGGUACUACUUUAGUGUGGUCUAUUUUAGCCUAGCCUUGCGUACAUGUCCUAGGUCUUGUAGAAUGAGUGUGUUUGCGUUACAUCUUGGUCCACCCCUGGAGUAGUCCCAGGGGUGGGCAGCAAUUAGCUCCAGAACUAUGAGGAGUUUUUAGGCCAUAAAGAGUAGGCUAAUCCUACUCUAAAGUGACAGGUCAGGCUUAAUCUGUAUAGUCUCAGGCAAUCCUCUCCUUGGUCCACACAGAAACAUUGGAAUCUAUGCAGUGUGUUUGAUAUCAAAUGAGAUGAUUAUAAUUUAUUAUUAAUAAUCUCAGAUGCAUGUGGUCUCCAACUGCACCUGCAUCGUAGUCUUAUUUUGUUUUUUAUUGAUCUCUCAGUUAAAUUUAAUCCUGUUUUAUCAUAAAUUUGUUUACUUUUUUCUUGUUUGUCUGUUCCUCUGUAAAACCCCAUCAGAUUGAAUGCACUUUGAAAUGCUCUGAAUCCUAAAACACGGCUUUACAUCCAGGCUUAUGGACUCUCACAGACGAGCCUAUCUCUCUCAACUGGUUGAUUAAUUUAACUGAUGAUAACUUCAGAACAAAAAACUGUGUUGGAGAUACUUGAAUAAAAUUCAGUAUCACGGCAA